AUGAAGAUAACCGCCGCUGUUGGCCUCGGCCUCGCCGCCGUCGCUGCAGCGAGCAGCUACCAUUCCGACUCGCAUGACCACUACGUCCUGCAUCUCGACCCCGAGGCCAGUCCACACCAGGUCGCCUCGAGAUUAGGCCUGACAUACGACGGCCAGUUUGGCGAGCUCAAGGACCACCACGUCUUCAAGGGCACCAAGGCUGACCACGACGUGGUCAGCCUGGAACUGAAGGCGAGAAGGCGGCGCAGGAGGGCUCUGAGCGACCCUGACCUCCUUGACGGCGUGCUGUUCUCCGACAAGCAGAAGCUGCGGGCUCCUUGGGAAAAGAGGGUAAUACCGAAGCCCAUGGGGCCUGUUCCCGAGCGCCGUGCCAGCGGCGACACGAGCGACCCUGCCUUGUUGGCCACUCAGCAGUCCGUCGCCACCACCCUCGGCAUCACCGACCCAAUAUUCGCCGAGCAGUGGCAUCUCAUGAAUAUUGUCCAGGCCGGCCACGACGUCAAUAUUUCCGGCGUCUGGCUUCAGGGCAUCACGGGCAAGAACGCCACCGUGGCAAUCGUGGACGACGGUCUCGACAUGCACAGCAACGACUUGAAGGCCAACUUCUACGCCCAGGGCUCGUACGAUUUCAACGACAAGACGGAUCUGCCCGAGCCCCGCCUUUCAGACGACAAGCAUGGCACUCGAUGUGGUGGAGAGGUAUCCGCAGUCAAGAAUGAUGUCUGCGGCGUCGGUGCCGCGUAUGAUUCCCGCAUCGCUGGCUUGCGCAUCCUGUCCAAGAUGAUCACGGACGCGGAUGAGGCAGUUGCCAUGAACUACGACUUCGCACAUAACGAUAUAUACUCGUGCUCCUGGGGCCCCCCUGACGAUGGGCGGUCCAUGGAUGCCCCUGGCGUUUUGAUCCGGCGCGCUAUGGUCAACGCGGUCCAGAAGGGCCGGAAUGGCCUCGGGAACAUCUACGUCUUCGCGAGUGGCAACGGGGCCGCCAGUGACGACAAUUGCAACUUUGACGGGUACACGAAUAGCAUAUACAGCAUCACGGUCGGCGCGAUUGAUCGCAAGGGGCAGCACCCCUACUACUCCGAAGCCUGCUCCGCCAACUUGGUAGUGACAUACUCCAGCGGCAGCGGUGACAGCAUUCACACAACCGACGUCGGCGAGAACUCCUGCACUGCGGCUCACGGUGGCACAUCUGCCGCCGCUCCCUUGGCAGCCGGCCUUUUCGCUCUCGUGCUCGAGAUCCGCCCUGACAUCUCCUGGAGAGAUAUGCAAUAUCUCGCCAUGAACACCGCCGUCCCCAUCAACGAAGAUGACGGGAGCUGGGAGACAACCGCCGUCGGCAAGAAGUUCAGCCAUACAUUCGGCUACGGCAAGAUUGAUGCAUACGGUCUCGUGGAGCUGGCCAAAAACUGGAAAAACGUGAAGCCGCAGGCAUGGUUCUACUCUCCCUGGGUGCACGUUAAGGAGGCCAUCCCCCAAGGCGACCAAGGCUUGGCCGUCGACAUCGAAGUGACGGCCGAAAUGCUCCAGAAGGCCAACCUGGAGCGUGUUGAGCACGUGACCGUCACAAUGAACAUUGACCACACGCGCCGAGGUGAUCUUUCUGUUGACUUGGUCAGUCCCAACAAGAUUGUCAGCCACCUUUCCGUUCCCCGCCGGCUGGAUAAUGAAGCUGCGGGCUAUGAGGAUUGGACGUUCAUGAGCGUUGUCCACUGGGGCGAAUCUGGUCUUGGCAAGUGGACAGUCAUUGUAAAAGACACCAAGGUCAACGAGCACAACGGCACCUGGACAGAUUUUCACCUUAAGCUCUGGGGCGAGUCCAUCGACCCAAAGCUCGCUAAGCCCCUCCCCUUGCCCACUGAGGAAGACGACGACGACCACGACGUGAUUUCUACCACCACUGUUCCCCCAACAACCGUCACGCCUCCACCUGGACAGACCGUGCCGGCCGAGGUCGCCACCGCUACGCCGUCGGAUCACCCCGAUAGGCCCAUCAACGCCAAGCCUUCCGCCACCAGCUCGGGCACAGGGGAGGAAUUAGUCUCCCCAUCAGCUUCUCCUUCGGCAUCUGCCGAGGCCUCUUCCUGGCUGCCGGGCUUCCUGCCUACCUUCGGCGUGUCUCCUGCUACUCAGGCAUGGAUCUACGGCUCGUUGGCGCUUAUUCUCGUAUUCUGCUGCGGACUGGGCGUCUACCUCUGGAUGGCCCGCCGCAAGCGCAUGCGCAAUUCGCCACGAGAUGAUUACGAGUUCGAGCUUCUCGACGAAGAGGAGGCCGAGGGCCUGGCCUCCGGCGAGAAGAGCGCCAGGGGCGUCAAGGGGCGGAAGACUCGCGGUGGUGAACUAUAUGAUGCAUUUGCGGGCGGCAGCGAUGAGGAAGACGACGAGUUCGGCGAGGGAGGUGCGUACAGGGAUCAGGAUAAUAGCCACAGUGAGGGAAGCAGUGAUGGUGCCAGCCGAGAGAAGCGGGCCUUGCGGGAUGAGGUUGAGGAUGAGCAGCACGUACUGGGUAGCGAUAGCGAGGAUGAUGGCGCGGAUGAGAGAGAGAGGCUGCAAGGAGGGCAACGUACCUGA